AGAGGAACUAGAAAAUACAACUCCAGAAGAUAUGAUGGCGAUGUGCUCAUCUCAACAACCACAACCUUUCUUCAAUGGAAGUCUCCCCUUCUCCUCUCCUACUCUUCAAUUUCAUCGUUGCUCUGCUGCCAUCUUCAGGUGGAGAUUUGGAAGACACCAUUAUUCAAGUCUACAUACCAGUAAAACCAAGGGCCAGGCAUUUCGAAUCUUGGCCUAUCCUAAUGUGUCUUUGGGGAAAGGAGAUCCAGGUAAUGAUGUCAUCAUGGUUGACCCUUUGGAAGCUAAACGAUUAGCUGCCAAACAAAUGGAGCAAAUUAAAGCUAAAGAGAAAUUCCAGAGAAGACGCCGAAUUGAAGCAAUUAAUGGGGCAUGGGCAAUGAUUGGUCUCACAGCGGGCUUAGUUAUUGAAGGUCAAACAGGAAAAAGUAUUCUAGCGCAGUUGGCUGGUUAUUUGUCUGCUAUCAUCCAUCUUUUUGUGCAAUAGGCUUGUUCCCGUUGCAGAUCAUUUGCGGAAUGCAGAUUUAUUCGUGAACUACUUUUUCAUAUCAAACAUGUAGGAUUAUCAAACAAUUGUUGUUUCAUCUUUUCCACUUUUGUGACCCUUUACUUUGUAUGUACCCAGCAAUUCUGCCAGCCCGUUUAUAAGAAGUGUGAUCAUUUGUUAUGACAAAUGACAUCAUUCUUUCUUCCUGCUUGUUGCUGUAUUGAGUUUGGCACGGGUUCUUCAACUAGGUUUCUCCAGGGGGCCUGGCUGCAUUUCUGCCAGCUGUCAAGAAUAAGUGAGAAACUUGGAGCAAACUUCUACGCAAUAUUAAACAAUAUGAUUCUGUAUUAUUAUUUUAUCAAUUUUAAUUUCUAACCUAAGAAGAGAAUGAAGGCAAAAUUAUAUCCAGAAAAUACUUGGUUGCUCAAGAUGUUUGCAUGUUAACAUCAAACAGAUUUAGUGUACAUUUCUUUUUACUGUUAUCACAUUUAUAUCAUGUUAUAGUUA